AUGGCUAUUGGCAGUAGUUUCGUAAUAACAAAGAAGGGCUUAAUGGAUGCGUCAAAUAGGCACGGCUUUGAGGGCGAUGGAUUUUCGUACUUAAAGAGCCCAAUAUGGUGGGGAGGAAUAAUAACAUUAAUUCUUGGGGAAAUUGCGAACUUCGCCGCAUAUGCGUUUGCGCCAGCGAUAUUAGUGACGCCCCUGGGGGCACUUAGCGUUCUUAUAGGUGCUGUUCUGGGCGCAUAUUUUCUGGGGGAGCGCCUGGGGAUUCUUGGAAAGCUGGGCUGUGCAUUGGCACUGCUUGGUUCUAUCAUUAUCGUUCUCCAUGCGCCUCCAGAUGAAGAAAUUGAAACAGUGGACGAGAUCUUGGGAUAUGCCAUUCAACCAGGCUUUCUUCUUUAUUGUCUAGCAGUUGCUAUAUUUUCUACCGUUAUGAUAUACAGAGUGGCUCCGAAAUACGGGAAGAAAAACCCACUAAUCUACAUCUCGAUUUGCUCGACAGUUGGCUCAGUCUCAGUUAUGUCUGUCAAAGCAUUUGGGAUUGCGUUGAAGCUCACUCUAGCUGGACAUAACCAGUUUACCCACCCUUCUACCUACGCCUUUGCUAUUGUUGUUGUAUGCUGCAUUUUGACACAGAUGAACUAUUUCAAUAAGGCUCUUAGCCAAUUUUCGACCUCAAUAGUCAAUCCCCUAUAUUACGUCACUUUUACAACCGCAACCCUCUGUGCCUCCUUCGUCCUAUUCCACGGUUUCAACACCACUGACCGUGUCAACACCAUAUCCCUUCUCUGUGGAUUCCUAGUGAUUUUCUCUGGAGUCUAUCUCCUAAACUUAUCUAGGACGGACCCCGAUGGUCAACGACUAGCUGGAAAAACUGAUGAGGAAGACGGUGUCCCGACCGAUGGAAUUGCCUCUAUUCAAACCCGCCGUUCAUUACACAAUCGAAGAAGCAUCGACUGGCGACCACGCAGUUCUUCUAGCCUUGACUAUUACGGAGGCCCCAGUGACCGGCAAGGACUGAUGCAUUCCUACGAUGUCGAAACAAGUGCAUUCGGUCUCCAAACUCUUAGAGAAGAGAGCAAUGACGGUGAUCAAGAGGACUCAACACCAAAACGAAACGGCUCAGCGCACCCGGCAGGCUCCCCAAAGGAUUCCGGAGUUUGA